AUUGACGUGAAUAAGCACCUUGAAAGACCAAACUUAUUACAUUAAUAUCCAACUAGAGCUCAAAAACAGGCCUUGGAACACGAAUCACUCCUUCAGAAAUAAGUAUGUCUAAAACAGGAACAUAUUUAUCCUUCGCAGCUCUCACAAUUUGCUUUCUGUUGUGUUUUCUGCUGUCACACGAGCAUCGACGACUGCAGCGGCGGGUAGAAACACUGGAACACGCAGCUAAACCAUAUCUGGAUGAAACAAACGCUCGUAGAGCCAAGAGGGACAACGAUGAUGUUAUUGAGCAUGACUUGGAGUGCAGUCAGAAAUUGAUAGCAUGUGUACAGAAGUUCACAGAAAAUCAACUGCGCUCCCUUCUUGAGAACAAGAUCUGUGUAAAUGACGAAAACAUUUGUGUUCAAGGACCCGUAGGACCUAAAGGUGAUAGGGGACCAGCUGGAGAACGGGGCCCCCAGGGACAAAAGGGGGAUACCGGGCAGCCGGGGGUAAAAGGAGAAAAAGGUGACUCAGGGGCCGGUGCUGAUGGACUUUUGACGCCCUCCAUGCCAGCUUUUAUUGUAAAACCACAGCCUGUAACAGUGAGAGAGAAUGACACCGCCUCCAUUCUCUGCAUGACCGGUGGAAUGCCGAGGCCUGAUAUAAUCUGGAGUCGAGAAGGCGGCCAACUGCAGAACGAGAGGAGUUUUACUUUGAUUGACGGCUCCUUAAUGAUAAUGGACGCUGUCCCCAGUGAUCAAGGUACCUACGUUUGCAAAGCGUUGAACUUUGUUGGUGAGGUGGAAGCGAAGGCAAACUUAACUGUGUUAGUUCCCGUUCGCAUCUUAGACCAUUCGCCCCAUACGUUCGUAGAAGAGGAAAGCGAAUUGACACUCCGCUGUCCUGUAUUUGGAAGACCUGAGCCGAAGAUCACAUGGAAUAAAACUUCCGGUGCCCCCUCCGCCUGGGAAACGUUUCUAAAUGAAGGAGAAUUAAGAUUUAACAAAAUUGAGCUUGAAGACAGCGGCUUCUACACAUGUCUGGCUGAAAACAUCUUUAACGAAGUCGUCGUUAUUCUGGGAGUGACUGUAGUUCCUCGUUUGAAAUUUGUUAUUGUUCCAAAGAAAAAGACGAAGGUUCAUGUUGGCGAUGACGUAGUUUUGACAUGCGUAGCAGACAGUGGAGAAUUCAUUCCUGUUGUCACGUGGUCGAAGACAUCUGGCGGUUUACCUUCUGGGUCUCGUUUAGAUGAAAAUGGAACUUUGUUCAUCGCUAACGCAUCUUUUGACGCCACUGGUUCUUAUGAGUGCAUUGCGAAAAAUAUCAUCACUUCUAUUGAAAUUGAAGUGGAAGUGGACGUACUGGUCCGAACUUGUACUGAAUGGAGAAAGCUUGGUUACACAGAAAGUGCAGAGUACCGGAUUGAUCCAGAUAUUGAGGGUCCAGUUCCUGCGUUUCAAGCGCUCUGCGACAUGGAGGAUAAAAAUGGCGUCGGAAUUACAAUCUUUCGUCACGACAGUGAAGGCCGAAUUCAAACUUUCACAUGUGAUCCACCAGGUUGCUACAAAAGAAAUAUCAACUACACAACAACCUCAUUGGCUCAGAUUGUAUCGGUGAUCAAUGUCUCGUCUCACUGUGAACAAUUUAUCCGAUACGACUGUAUGAACUCACUGCUACUGAACCAAGGUAUGCCUGUAGGCUGGUGGGUGUCACGCGACGGAGAGAAGAUGAAGUACUGGGGAGGAGCUCCACCUGAAAGUGCAAUGUGUGCAUGCGGAGUAAACAACACGUGCGCUAAGGGAGGAAUCUGUAACUGUGAUGCUAAUGACUACGUCCUUCGCCGUGACGAGGGGAUGUUGACGGACAGAGCCACCUUACCUGUAACUCAGCUAAGAUUCGGAGACGCUGGCAAAUUUAACCGCGAGUUUGGAUUUCAUACACUUGGGGAACUGAAAUGUUUUGGACUUUUUCAGUAAGACGUUCGGUAUUUCAAUAUUCCGGUCGCUAAGGUGUGACUGCAAAACGUUCCCUGAAGAUUGUUUUGCAAGGACACUCGCCUGGUCAAUAUUCAAAACCGUUAUAGUACUAUGUUAAACUGAAGAUUUGCUACGAAAUGUAAGAUGGCCUACAAGUGUAACUGGCUGCAGCUAUAGCGAUUUAGUUAUUUGUCAUAUCAUAGUCAAAAUACAGAAACUUAGUUCGAGGACUAAGUGAAUCGAGUGAUAAGAAAUUAUUCAAAGAAAAUGAAGACGGCUAGAAUGUAGCAAUUCUUAACUAAUGAUCACAUAAACCGCCAAACCCGCUUUUUCUUGGUUUUAUAAGAGGUAAUCAAUAUACCGACAUACUAUUAAGUAUUGCUAGACACUUGAAUUCUUUAAUAAAGCGUAUAAUCUUUAUUAAA